AUGCCCGGCAAAGCGCGAAAAGGCAAGUUCUCGCAGAACGAUGACCCCAAGCAGACCAGCCUUAAAGGCUGGAUCACCUCCACCCCCUCUUCUGCGGCUUCCCAGCCAUCCUCCUCGAUCCCGACCGAAGCACCCGACAGAAAGGCCAAGAGGGUGGCCACUUCCUCCUUGGAAGCCCACACCUUAACCGCCAAAAAGUCGAGAGUGGGAACGAGUCUCCAGCAUCCUCCCGCACCCGACACAGUGCAACGUCUUCCCAUCCCCUCAACCCGGAACGAGCCUGACCCCAACGACUCCGACGACUCCGACGACAUCCCGUCAGACGAGGACGAGGAUGACUGUCAGGACGACCACGAGGAUGACGGCCAGUCCGGUCAAUUAGACGACCACUUUGCGAGGCGCAUGAAGCCCGAGGAUAUGCCUUCUAACAGCCUGUCAGUCCCGGGAGAUGCCUUCUGGGUGGAGUAUCUUGUCAGGCCCCUCGAACAGCACGCCUCUCGCCUGGGCAUAAAGGCAACCCCCAUGCCCAAAGCCACGUACAAGCGCCUUUCCGAGGUCUUGGACUUCGUUCUUGGGUGCAAGGACCUGUACAUGAUCUGGACGAACAACCCAAUGUCCGAAGAAAUUCGAAAGCUGGUGCAACGGUCUCUGGGCACUUUUCAUGCCAACGAACUUCCAAGAGCUUCUGGCAAGCUCAGAACCCCCAUCCAUCACCCAGAUCCUUUCCCUGGUCGAUGCGAACGGCACGAGUUGGAGGGCCUUGAUGAGGUCCAGAGACGUUGUGUCGGAGUGUAUUGGAAGGUGGCGUUUUGGAAGGUGGCGUUAGGAGAAUCUCAACACACGGUCGAAGAGGAUGCCAUGGAAGAGAAUGCCGAAGAAGAUCAUGCCGGAAACCAGUAUAGCAUUCAUCCACAUCCGCCCUUACCUGUAUUGAUAUACACUGGACAAACGUCGAGGGUGAUACCAUCCGGCAAGUCGAUGGGAUUCCGGCCACUUCACGAAAAAUUCAAGAACUCGCGACCACAAUAUCGCAUGGCAUUCGCGGCCAUUGUCACUGUCCCAGUACCCAACGGUACCGAGCUGGACACCCCACUUCGCAACAGCCUGAUAUUGUUCGCUAGACUUAGCGAGGCUGUAUGUCAAGAGGCGGUUGACACAGUGCAUAGGGCUGCAAAGUCCACUCGUUCACGUGCCCAUAGGACGUUUUGGGCUAAUGGUCCAGGCGACUAUUCAGGGACCAACGCAAGCCCUCCCCUUCAUGAGCAGUUCUCCUACUGGGACCUAGGCAAGCGCCAACGCCCCUGUCCCGAGUGUCCUGUCUGUGGUAGGCUCUUUGCAACGAAAUCACGGCUGAAUACUCACCACACUGAUAACCAUGAACCCAAGACGUUGGGAUGUAAAAAUGACGGUUGUCUGUAUAGAUGCGCGAGGGAGUCGAAGUUGAAGAAACAUGUGAAUAGAUCUCACGGAGAGAAGACCUUUUCAUGCGAGAGAAAAGGGUGUGAGUCAAAGUUUGCGACGAACGCAUUAUUGAAACAACAUGUGACUAGUUCUCACGGAGAGAAGACCUUUUCAUGCGAGAGAAAGGGGUGUGAGUCAAAGUUUGCGACGAAAGCACAAUUGAACUAUCAUGUGACUAGUUCUCACGGAGAGAAGACCUUUUCAUGCGAGAGAAAGGGGUGUGAGUCAAAGUUUCCGACGAAGGGACAACUGAAACAACAUGUGAAUAAAGUCCACGGAGAGAAGAAGUUUGUGUUGUGAUACGUCUAUGAACGGUCGUCUUCUAUGUUUUUUUCGUUACUCGAGGUCACAUGUUCGUCGGCCGCUCCACUUCGUCAGACGAUUUCACCUAUGUCAUGUAGCAUCUUUAUCGU